UUCCGACGCACGUCCCUCGCAGAGGAGCAACAGCCGCGCGGAGUUGUUGAAAGUGGACUCGAGUGAUUCUCCUCCGGACUCAGCGCCGGUGUCCUCUGCACCAGCACCCUGUCCCUCCCCCUCCGUGCAGGACGGACAUGCUCUCUCUCUCUGCGUGGACACGGGCUCGCUGCAGAACCCAGACGCCCUCGGUUUGUGCGGAGGACUGUGGUGGAGGAAUGGGGCGGUGAGAGCCUCACUCACUCAUCAGUGAAGACAUGAGAACUGGCAGAGGAACAAUUUGAAUCUCCAUCCAGCAGACGCGUCCAGUCUCCUCCUUUAUUCAUGUUGCAAAAGCCUGGUUUAUGACAAUGGAUUACUUGCUGUGGAUGUGCAGCCUCAUUGUCCCCGUGGUGCUGGCUGUAGAAGAAACCCUUAUGGACAGUCGGUGGGCAACCACAGAGCUGGCAUGGACCACGUUCCCAGAAAGUGGGUGGGAGGAGGUCAGUGGCUAUGACGACUCCAUGAGCCCAAUCAGAACCUACCAGGUGUGUAACGUCCGACAGCCCAAUCAGAACAACUGGCUGAGGACGGACUUUAUCCCCCGGCGGGGCGUGCUGCGCGUCUACGUGGAGCUCAAGUUCUCCGUGCGUGACUGCGCCAGCAUUCCCAACAUCCCCGGCUCCUGCAAAGAGACCUUCAAUCUGUUUUACUAUGAGUCCGAGGGCGACACAGCGACAGACACCAGCCCUCUGUGGAGGGAGAACCCCUAUGUGAAGGUGGAUACUAUUGCCCCAGAUGAGAGCUUCUCUCUGCUCGAGGCGGGCAGGAUCAACACCAAAGUGCGCAGCUUUGGCCCUCUCUCAAAGCAAGGCUUCUACCUGGCCUUCCAGGACCUGGGCGCCUGCAUGUCUCUCAUCUCUGUCAGGGUUUUCUUUAAGAAGUGCUCCACCACCAUUGCCAAUUUUGCUGUCUUCCCAGAGACUGCCACUGGGGCAGAAGCCACUUCUUUAGUCAUCGCUCCAGGCGCCUGUGUGACGAAUGCUAUGGAGGUGUCCGUCCCUCUCAAGUUGUACUGCAACGGGGAUGGCGAGUGGAUGGUUCCUGUGGGCUCCUGCACCUGCGUCGCUGGAUUCGAACCCUCGUCAGACGGCACCCAGUGCCAGGCUUGCUUCCCCGGAACAUUCAAAUCCAAAUUUGGGGAGGGAAACUGUACCCCCUGCCCGGCCAACAGUCGCACCAGUGCUCGAGGAGCCAGCAUUUGUCCCUGUCAGAACGGUUUCUACCGCGCUGACAGUGAUCCUCCUGACUCUACCUGCACCACCAUCCCCUCAGCGCCUCGCAACGUUAUAUCCAGCGUGAACGAGACCUCACUGUCCCUGGAGUGGGAGGAGCCCGAGGACACGGGUGGGAGGAGCGACCUGGUCUAUAACGUGGUGUGCAAGAAGUGCCUGCGAGACCGCAGUCCGUGCACGCGCUGCGACGACAACGUGGACAUCGCUCCUCGCCGGCUGGGGCUGAGGCUGAGGAAGGUGGUGGUGAGGAACCUGCAGGCUCACACGCGCUACAGCUUCGAGGUGCAGGGUGUCAACGGUGUUUCUGGGAAAAACCCCACGUCACCCAGCUACUCCACAGUCAACAUCACCACCAACCAAGCCGCUCCGUCAGCGGUGCCCACUGUCCAUCUGAUGCGCUCAACCUCAGACACACUCAGCCUGUCCUGGUUACCGCCCGAGAAACCCAACGGAGUCAUCCUCGACUACGAGAUUAGAUACCACGAGAGGGGCCAGGCCAUGUCACACACUGUAACAGCUCAACACAGUUCAGCCAAGGUGGAGGGGCUGAGGGCGGCAACACCUUACGUGGUGCAGGUCAGAGCUCGCACCGUUGCUGGAUAUGGACGCUACAGCAACCCGAUGGACUUCAGCACCACCACCCUACACAGUGACCCUCAGAAGUCAGUGCAGGACCAGCUGCCGCUCAUCGUCGGCUCGGCCUCAGCAGGUCUGGUGGUCAUUGUUGCCUUGGUGGUUAUCGCUGUUGUCUGCCUUAAGAAGCAGCGCAGCGGCUCAGAGCUGGAGUACACCGAGAAACUACAGCAAUACAUUUCUCCGGGUGUCAAAGUUUACAUCGACCCGUUCACCUAUGAAGACCCCAAUGACGCCGUCCACGAGUUUGCUAAAGAGAUAGACAUCUCCUGUGUGAAAAUAGAAGAAGUCAUUGGUGCAGGUGAAUUUGGCGAGGUGUGUCGUGGGCGGCUUAAACAGCCCGGUCGCCGGGAGAUGGUGGUGGCGAUUAAGACGCUGAAAGCUGGCUACACGGAGCGCCAGAGGCGGGACUUCCUGGGCGAGGCCUCCAUCAUGGGCCAGUUUGACCAUCCCAAUGUGAUCCGGCUGGAAGGCGUCCUGACACGGAGCUGCCCGGUCCUCAUCAUCACCGAGUUCAUGGAGAACGGAGCGCUCGACUCCUUCCUCAGGCUAAAUGACGGGCGCUUCACGAUGACACAGCUGGUGGGGAUGUUGCGUGGCAUCGCCGCGGGGAUGAAGUACCUGUCUGACAUGAACUACGUUCACCGAGACCUCGCUGCCCGGAACAUCCUGGUCAACAGCAACUUGGUCUGCAAGGUCUCCGACUUUGGCCUGUCACGCUUUCUAGAUGAUACUUCAGCUGAUCCUACUUACACAAGCUCCCUGGGAGGGAAGAUUCCCAUUCGGUGGACGGCACCGGAGGCCAUCGCCUUCAGGAAGUUCACCUCUGCCAGUGACGUGUGGAGUUACGGCAUCGUCAUGUGGGAGGUGGUGUCCUACGGUGAAAGGCCAUACUGGGACAUGAGCAACCAGGAUGUGAUGACAGCAGUAGAGCAGGACUACCGCCUGCCUCCGCCCAUGGACUGUCCCAUGGUGUUGCAUCAGCUGAUGCUGGAGUGCUGGAUGAAGGAGAGAAACCUGAGGCCUAAAUUCUCCCGUAUCGUCAGCACCCUGGACAAGCUGCUGCGCAACGCCGCCAGCCUCAAGGUGGUGACCAGCAACACCUCAGGGGACCUGCUGAGGCUCGGAGGAACGCUGCCGGGACACAACAGGAAGAGUCCGGACAGCAGUCAGGAAAUCGUACGGCAACAGAUGAGCCAAACUCUCCCCAUCAGAGUGUGAGCCGCUGGAUGCAGAGGAUGCAGAAUGAAUAAAUAACUACCUACAAACUCUGGUGCAAAGAGCCUCAUGUAAAAUAAAAAGAAGACAAGGAAGAGACGGAAGCUCCGCCUACAGAGGACGAGGACUGUUACAGAGAUUUCUUCCCUACUGGAGAUAUAGUGUCCGUCUAAAGAGAACUUUCCAUUGCAGUAUGUGUGUUCAUUACUUAACACUUGUGGAUUUGUGACUAUUGACAUAAGGCCAAACUUCCUGUUGCCCCCUCUCAGGUUGUGUUUGCAUGUCUGCAUGUGUUUUUUGCUGGUUGGGAAUCAGUUGCUUCCGCUCUUCACUCUCAGAUUGAGGUUGGGAAAGUUAACACAGUUGAUAGGAUUCAGUGUCUAGAUGAUACAACAGUGCCAAGAUGAAGCAAAUAUUUGCUUUGAAACAACUCUUAAGAGAAGCUUCACAUCUAUAGACUUUCAAUCCAAUCAAUUUUUUUUUUUUAACCCAACCAUCGUUUCUCUUUUAUCUUUUGUUUUGCUUUUUUCUUUUUCUUUUGGGAAACAAAAAAAAAAAAAAAAACCCACACACUUUUCAUCGCUUCCUCUUAAAUACUGUCUUCCACAUGUACUGGGAGAUUUACUUGUUACAAAUCUGUACAAAGCAUCUGAGUCUUCACACCGUCUCUGCCUGCCUGUCUUAUCUGUCAGAGGAGAGACAAAAGUGACACUGUGCGGGACACGUCAUGUGCAUGCCAAAGUGGAAGCUUCUUCAUGAGAAAAGUACAAAUUUCCACAUUAACUGUUGCUUUGGUGGCAUUUCGCUGUAUGGACUUUAACGUCCAUGUUUUCCUAAUCUUAUUUGAUUCAUAUAGGCAUUGUUUUGAAUGCUAAGUUAUUAUCUAUUAUUGCAAAAAGAGGUGUUCCUUGUGGUUUUUUUUUUACGAGUACUGGAGCUUUGACUUUUUUAUUACAAUGUUGCUUGUUUUUUUCACACAUUAAACCAGACAGACAUGAAUGAGGGACGUGAGGAGCAGUCGUUCUGUUCUGACAGAUUUUACCUUUUAAAAAUGUGGAGGAGACUUCGAUUGAUUUGAAAUGGAAAGUGCCCGUGGUCGUGCCGUGUUGUAUAUUUUCCUUUGGCAAUCAUGUUGCAGAUCAGCGAGAAUUAAAAAAGGUCACUCUCCAGAUCAUAGCUUUGUGACCUUAAUAUUAACCUGACCUACAAACACUGAUAUUAAACAAAUCACUCACUGGUUCAUUUUUCCCGACAUGUGUUUUCUUCAGCACGCCAGCUGUCAGCGCAGUCCUCUAUUUAAAACAACUGCCUGUAUAUAAUACUAUAUUUCUAUAAGACCAGUCUGCUCAGCAUUUACAGCCAUCUGACCUGACUUUGGCCUCUCUAUGACCCUCGUUUAUAUGCUUGUUUGUUAAUUGUGGAGGAGCAAACAAAAUGGAGAACUUGCAUUUUAAUGGUCAUUAGAUAUCUCUAAACUACAUGUCACAAAGAAAGAAGAAAAUGAAACAUGUGUCUGUUCGGGCAGACUUUUGUCCUGUGCAAUUAAAGGUGUAUUAGAUUGUAAAAAAAAAAAGAAAAAAAAAGUGGCAGAAAAGUAGAACAAAAAUAAGCAUUUCUCUUUCAGUAUUUUUACGAUAAUCAUAUGCAAAUAAAUUAUUAAACAGA